AUGCCGCUGCUUUCUGGCUUUGGGAAGUCGCUGGGAAGAGAGGAUCAAGGCAGCGUGAUGGGGUACGACACCAGAUUCACCGGCCGCUUUGCUCUCUCCCGUCCCCUGACGGCCGAAGAGAGCGCAAUCUUGGCAGCCGUGCACGACCACUGCCACGAGGACGACUUGGAGCUACCUUAUGCUUUUUUACAGAAGCGCACAGUCACAAUUGAGCGAGAGGUGAUCGGGCCCUUGUACGUGGGCGAGAGCUUACACUACCUUACAGAGAAGUUUCCCUCCUUCUACUGCCAGUGGACGCUCUCAGGCAACAAGCGCUCUCUUGUCUGGGACAAGGGGGAGAAGUUCUACAACUACGUGGGCUGGUUGGAGUACCUCCUCUCCAACUUCUUCGCCGUGCGCGGCGUACAGCUGAGCGGCACCGUGAAGUGGAAGGGGGCUAAUCGAGGAGACAGGGGUUCAAUCACAGUCGAGGGCAACAGGAUUAUCGUCAAGAUGACCCACCCAUGA